AUGUCCAUACCCUUCAACCCAGAAGCACUUCUCCUAUUCCGCUUUGAAAUCCCACCCCAUCAAAUUAAAUACUCCCUCAUCUACUUCAUGUUGACAGCAGCCAAAAGCACAAUAGUAAACAAGUGGAAAUCAGCGACCCCGCCUACCAAACAAGAUUGGUAUGUCAAAAAAGAACACUUCCAUGAGAUGGAGGAACUGAGAUGGGGAUCCCUAGAUAAGUACCAUAGAUAUCAUGACAUUUGGCAACCAUGGAAACACUUCAUGGGGGGGACACACAUAAGACUAGGCUAACACAAUACCACAUCGACCCAACUGGGACUCCGCAGAUUAGAUCGGAGAGGGGGUAGAACGAUAGAACAGGGAAUACGGGGGGGAACGGGUGACAGCGCCCUCUCCCCCACGGUUCAAAUGCGACUUACUAGUGGGUUCAAGGGCAGGGCGACCCUUAGACCAAACAUGGGGUUCGGAGGAGCGGGAUGGUUGCGGGAUAUAAUAGAUGUGCAAAUAUUACGAAUGUAGGCCAAAUACCAAUGUUAUAGAUGAUGUGAUUCAUGUGUGUAACUGCGCGAUGUUGGGAUGCUAUAUGUUAAUAGUUCCUUUUUUCUGUAUUGUAACUCAUUGUUAUAUCUGAACUCUGUACUGUAAUGACACAGGAGUUACAACAAAAAAGCCAAUAAAAUAAAAAGCUUGUGAAAGUGAGUUGAUUUUGUGACAAUAAUUUAAAUCUAAAUUCCCCUGUAGUGUUCCAUACAUACAGAGAAAAAAGUAAUUUUAUCAUUUCCACAGACACAUUGUGUUCAGACAUUCUUUUUAAGAAUUCAGAACAUCAGAUUUUAUUGUGAUGUCACUGACCAGCUGUUCAGAGAACCCAGAUCCUGCUGGUUUUACCAGCAUUUCAUGAGCAUUUCUAAUGCAGUGAGAUACUUUUAAAAAUACCAAGAGUAUGGGAAAUUAUAUAUCUAUAUUUCAAAGCCCCCUGGUCCCACGGCUGUGGGAUAUACAACCACCAUCCAGGAGGGUCAUUACUGAUAAAGAAUGUAUAACACAGCCUUCGAUGAACAGGUUAGUGGAUAGUUGCAGCUGGUAUCACUAUAGAGUUAUGUGGCGGUGGGGGUUUACAUGUAACAGGGUUUAAAAUGAAAGUUGUGACUUUAUUGAUUAUUAGUUUUAUGAUUUUUUUCACUAGGCUCAUUAUGAAAUCAAUGAAUGAUUACUAUAGUAAUUAAAAUUAUAAUGAUCAGAAUACCUAUGUGACUUUAUUAAUCACAUUUUCUUCCUUAAUUAGGAUACAUCGAAAAGAAAAUAAACCCCAAAGCAUACCUCUAGGGGGCAAAUGGUGUCGUGGACAGAGCCAUGAAAAAACGGCUUACUGCAGCCACAUGAAGGCUAAACCAUGGACCAAGAGUCUGCUUGAUGACAUAGAUCAGACAAGUGUUUGGAAGCUCAGGUAAAUGUACAUGACACACAGAAUGACUGACUAUAACGCUAUAAGGUUAUCUAAACCAACCCACAGUGUCCUCAGUGAACCAGAACCCUACUUCUAACACUCGCUGUCUGUGUAAGCAAGAAGCCAGUGAGAGAAGUAUUGCAGCGAAUAACUUAACUGGUUUCUCUAAAUCAAAGUCACAAAUUGCUUGAGACUACUACUGCAAUAUGACUCUCCAGACAUCGCCUAAUUUCAUUACGGAAUGUAUUUUACUGUAAACAGAAACUUAUUGUAAAAGAAAUCAUUCCGUAAAAACAACACAACCAAUAUGUGAUCACUGAAAAGACAGGUGCUAUCAUAAUGUUAUUAUAAAUGGAGUAUGAUUGACAGAUAGAGAAGGACAGGGCAUCCGAUGGAGAGUAGGGAUAGGAUGUAUGAUGUGAGGAAGAGAGAGAAAGAGAGAGGAUGGAUUGAUAAAUGGAAAGGAAGAAAAGAACACAACUACUGACAGUAUUUUGUUUUGUAACAAUUUCUUUAUUGAAAGUUUUGUUCACAUACAAAUAUGUCAGUACAUAGCAAGACUGGUACCAUCAUGUUUUAGCAAAAGUUCAAAAAAUACAAUAAUGCAUUUUCCACUGAGGUGUACGUGUAACAGUGCUUUGUUUCAAAUAUAACGGAAAGCAAAUCAGAAAUAAUGAGAAAACUGCAAAUUAAACCAUCUAAAUUCAUAAACGCCUGCUAUAGUGUAAAAAUCAUGUCUCCUACUUGCUUCUAUGUUCUCUGAAAUAUAUUCUGGGAAUAUGCAAACUCAAGAACUCUUUGUAUCCCCAUUGUACCUUUUAUUGAUACCCAUUUGGGCUUAAGAUCUAACUGUAAAGCAAUAAAGUGAAUAGGUGAGAGCAAACACACAGAAUGGUAAAAUACUACCACUUUAAAAUCUUGAAUGGUAAAUGGUAGCUGUCAGAUAUAUAUUGCUGAGCCUAUUCCUGGCAGGCUCAGACUUUCAAUGCUCUUCAAUAUAUAACCUCCGGAUUGCUGCUUACUGGAUCUGCUUACUCCCAAGAACGUGACUUCCAAACUUGCAUAAGUGGAAAAUACACUAUUUAUUGGGCACACAGUGCGAUAUGUAAAACAGCAAGAUCAAAAUAAGUUCAAAAAUUAAGCACAGUGAUAUUGAUAUUUGUAUUGAUAUCAAAAUACACUUAGAACAAAAUAAUCUAUAUACAUAAAUAUAUAUGUAUAUAUCACUAUAUAUAUAUAUGUAUAUAUAUAUAUACACGUGUGUAUAUAUAUAUAUAUAUAUAUAUAUAUAUAAAUAAAAAUAAAAUAUAACAAAAAAACCUAUUGCCCCCACCCAUGUGCGACGGGUGGGGGCCCUAAAUAAGAAUGUGGAGGGGGAGACCUACUGUCCUCCCCCCCAGCUCCCACCCCUGAGCGGCGGAUGGGGGCCCUAAAUAACAAUAAGGGGGGACCUACUGUCCUCCCCCCACCCCUGAGUGGUGGGUGGGGGCCAUAAAUAAGAAUUAGGCGGGGGAACCUACUAUUCUCCCCCCCUGCCCCCACCCCUGCGCGGCCGGUGGGGGCCCUAAAUAACAAUAAAUUCCAAAGAACUUUCCCACGCUGUGUAAAAUAACACAGAGCACUCUGAUUGGUGGAUUAAGUAACCAAUCAAAGUGUUAUGAGUCAAAGUACACAGCGUGGGAAAAUUCCAAAGAACUUUCCCACGCUGUGUAAAAUGACACAGAGCACUCUGAUUGGUGGAUUUCAAGCCAACCAAUCAGAGUGCUGUGACAGGUAAAUGUAGAGACUUACCUGUCAGUCUCUUCAUUUAACUGUCAGAGCACUCUGAUUGGAUGGCUCAGAGUGCUCUGAGCCUAAUCGCAGGGCGGGGCAAGGCUUUAAAAGUCUUCCCCCGCCCUGUAGAGCUCAGUCUGCGUGGAACCCUCUAUGGGUGAAAAUUGAUUUUCUUUUUUGGGGCUGAAAAAAGAAUAUUUUAGAAGAAAGAACUUUUUUAACACGUAUUUUGACAAGGGUCCCCCUCAUUAUUUUUACAAUGAGGAGGGUAGGUAGGAGUAAUUUUUUUGGGGGGGAGCGGGGGGACUAGGGUUUUGGGGACCCCUAGUCACCUGGGGGGGGAUUUUUAUUUAGGGCCCCCACCCCCCACUUAGGGGUGGGGGCCGGGGGGGAGGACAUUAGGUUCCCUUCCUCCAAUUUUUAUUUAUGGCCCCCCCACCCACCGCUCAGGGGUGGGGGCCAUGGGGGAGGACAUUAGGUUUCCCCCCCCAAUAUUUAUUUAUGACCCCCACCCACUACUCAGGGGUGGGGGAUACGGGGGAGGACAUUAGGUCCAUCACACUUUUUAUUUAGGACUGUAGGUUCCCACCCUUAUUGUUAUUUAGGCCCCCCACCCACUGCUCAGGUAGUUUAAAAGCCCCCACUCUUGCUUCGCGGGUGGGGGCUCAAGAGGGGGGGAUUUUUUUUUAUUUUAACAGUCACUUUUUAAUAGACAUACCCCUACUAGCUGGGUCACAUGCUGCACUGGCCAAUCACAGACAUGCCAUUAGUAGGCAUGGCUGUGAUGGCUUCUAAGGGCACACGAGUCAAACGCUUUCAAAAUGCGUCAUUAAAUCGCUGAACACCGAACUCCAACCGAGCAUACAGUGAUAUGUCCGUGCUCGGGUCCGGGGUCCAAAAAACGUAAUGUUCGGAACGAACCCGAACUUUUCAGUUCGGGUUCACUCAACUCUACUCCUGAGUAAAACAGUACCCCUUAUAUACAGGUUUUAUGGUGUUUUCAAAAGGUACAGAGUCAAAUAUAAGGCUUGUGUUUCAGUUUUUUCACAUUGAAUUUUACUUUGAAAUUUUCCAGAUUGGUUACGUUGCCUUUGAGACUGUAUGGUAGCCCAGGAAUGAGAAUUACCCCCAUAAUGGCAUACCAUUUGCAAAAGUAGACAACCCAAGGUAUUGCAAAUGGGGUAUGUCCAGUCUAUUUUAGUAGCCACUUAGUCAAAAGCACUGGCCAAAAUUGGUGUUCAAAUUCGUUUUUUGCAUUUUUCACACACAAACAAAUAUUAACGCUAACUUUGGCCAGUGUUUGUGACUAAGUGGCUACUAAAAAAGACUAGGUUGCAAUACCUUGGGAUGUCUACUAUUGCAAAUGGUAUGCCAUCAUGGGGGUAAUUCUCAUUCCUGGUCUACCAUAUGGUCUCAAAGGCAAGGUAACCAAUCUGGUGAAUUUCAAUGUGAAAAAAACUGAAAAAUUUAACAUGCUAUAUUUGACCCUGUAACUUCCCAAAACACCAUAAAACCUGUACAUAGGGGGUACUGUUUUACACGUGAGACAUCGCUGAAUACAAAUAUGUGUAUUUUAUUGCAAUAUUAUGAUAUUCAAAGUUAAAAUGUCAUGCAGAACUAAAAAAAUAACAUUUCUUAAUUUCUCAAAUUUACUUUUAUAUUUUAUUCAUAUUAAAUUAUGUUGCAUAGCUAAAUAUUUGAUGUUAAAGAAAAGCCCUGUUUCUCCUGAAUAAAAUUAUAUUUAAUAGGUGUGGGUGACCUUAAUAUAAAAGAGGUGAAUUACGGUUGAACAGACAUAUAGUCAAAUUCCAAGUUUUGUUUACGUUUUAUUUUGAUCAAAACCUGCACGUUUUGCUCAGUUCUUAAGGGGUUAAAUAUAUAUAUUUUUUAGUCGAUCUGUAAAUAAAUGUAUGAUCUGUAGAAACGUAUAAAAUUCUAAUUAGCACUUAAAUCGGUAAGGGAAGGUAGGGCUUGUCUCUAAAAUAACAACCUCACAGAAGUAAUUCCUUUACAGUCCCUAUCGAUAAAUGUAAGUCAGGAAUCCAAUCCUGUAAAGUUUGGAUAGGGUCUACCCUUGCGAUGUCCGACAGGCAAGGAAUAUUUCUCACCAGUUGAUGCCACACUUGAAGUGCGCUGUCUUGUAGUACAUUACAAUUGUUUAGCUAUGAUUUUUCUUGUUCUUUUGGGUCAGUAGUGGUGUAUGUCUUGGAGUUCUGGCAUGGAAACCUACUGGGCUUACUGAAACCUCAGUGCCUGUUGCCACCAAGUCUUGCUGCAGAAUCUGUUCAUUGCAAACAGCUGAAAGUCCGUACACUUUGACAAUAACCUGAUUUUCAAUAAGGGUUGAAUACUAUUCAUUACAACUGUAUCAGAGGAAUAAGCAACUAUCAGUUCUACAGAAGUUAUUGUGGUUAAUGUCAACUUGUACUUUAAUAGCGGAUUUGUAAAUAAAUUUGUGAUUUGCAGAAAUGUAUAAAAUUCCUGUUUAGUCCGGUCAUAAUUAGCACUUAAAUUUAUAUAGGAUGGCAAGUGUUGUCCCUUAUAUAAAUAAUGCCAUUUUCAGUCCCUAUCAAUAAAUGUAAGUCAGAAAUCCAACCAUGUAAAGUUUGGAUAGGGUCUGCCCUUGAGAUGUCCAACAGGCAAGGAAUAUUUCUCACCAGUUGAUGCCACACUUGAAGUGCGUAUCUUGUAGUACAUUACAAUUGUUUAGCUAAUAUAGGGGAUUUAUCUAGCCACGAACUUAUGUGCUAUGUGUCCAGAGGCUACCACAGCAUCCUCCGUAUCCACCCAUUGUUUUCUAAAUUGACUGGAGCACAACAAAAACAUUUGUAAAAGAAUUGUUGCCUGAUGGCAAUGUACUAGGUGAAGGACACCCAUGCCACCUCUCAACCAAUUACAAUACAAGAUCCCUUUUGCCACUCUUGGUUUUUAUGGCCAUUAAACUAGCGCAGUAAUUUACCUUUCUAAUUUAAUUUUUUUGUCUUAUCUAGAUGUUUACCCGAACCUAUUGAGCAAUGAUGGCUUUUGCUAUCCACAACACCCAUUUAGUCUAGAAAAAUAACAUCAGGCGAGUGAAUUAUGACCUCACUAAUCACAUUUUCUUUUUUAAUUAGGAAUCAUCAAAAUGAUGAAAACCCCCAAAGAACACUUCUAGGGGGGAAAUGCUAUCCUGGAGAGAGCAAUCUACAAAAACUUGCUACUUCCAAAGAUGACAAAUUACUUAAUGUUACUCGAAAAGAGGCCAAAAAAACUCGAGAGGCUGCAACUGCCGCAGUUAAGGCCACGGAGGAAAAAGAAACAAAAAGGGAACAAAAUGCUUCCUGGAGCCACAUAAGGGCUAAGCAAUGGAGCAAGAGCUUGCUUGAUAGCAUAGAUUCAACAAGUAUUUGGAAGCUCAGGUAACUGUUACAUGACACAAGUUAAAAAAUAAUGCAUUUUCCCCUGUGUAGGUGUAUGUGAAACAGUCUUUUGUUUCAAAUAUAACAGAAAGCAAAUCAAAAACAAUAAGUAAAAUGUACAUUAAACCACCUACGUUCUUAAAUGCCUGCUGUAGUGUCACAAUAAUGUCUCCUACUCUAUGUUCUCUGAAAUAUAUUCGGAGAAUAAAUAAACUCAAGAACUCUUUUCUAUCCCCAUUGUACCUUUUAUCUGGACCCAUUUGGGCUUAAUAUCUGACUGUGUUGAUCAUAAGAGGAAGAUUAGGAGGGAGUUAAACUUUAAAAUGUAAAAAAAACUCCCACAAACUUUUUUGUUUUCAAGAAUAUUCAAGAGUUCCCUCCAGGCCUAAUUAGAGACUACUACCUCUGUCUCUCUAACACUCUAGCCCCCAUUCACAAUAUAGUAAUUUAACAUAGCUCUAUGACACCCAGCCCAAGUUGGCUCUUCUCACCUUAAAUGCUGCUGGCUGGCUGCUGCAGCAGCUGGUUGGCUGCUGGCAGGCUGGAUGCUGUAAACCGGCUGGCUAGCUGCUGUGGCCAGUUGGCUGACAGGUCUCUUUCUUCUCCCAGCAGGCAUCUGUUUCUCCUCCAACCCCUUUGUAUGUCUGUUUUUCUCUUCCUCAGCCCCUCUUCGUGUCUCAUUGCCCACCCCCAGUGCCUCUAUGUGCCUCUUUGUCCUCUCAGCCUUCAGUGCAUCUCUUUGUGCCCCCAAGUACCUCUGUGUGUCUCUUUGUCCCCCCUCAGCCCCUCUGUGUGUCAUUGUUCCCCCCAGUCCUGUUUUAUGUCUUGGUGCCCCUUCCAGCCCCUCUGGGUUUCUGUGCUUCCUCCACCUGUGCCCCUCUUUUGUUGCCCCCCCUCCUGUGCCCUUCUUUUGACACCCUCCGCUCUUGUGCUGCUCUUCCCCCCGCUUCCUCUCUUGUGUUCUUCUUUGGACCUCCCUCCCCCCCUUCUGUGCCCUCUUUUGCUCCACAUCCCAUCGGGCCGUUUUUGGAUAGGGGCUGUCCUUAAAAUGCCUGACAGACAAGGAAUAUUUCUUGCCAGUUGAUAUAAUAUGUUACAGGUGUUUAGCUAAUAAAGGGGACUUAUCUGCCCACAGCAUAUGUGCUAUGCAUCGAGGGGCUACCACUGUAUCCUCCAUAUCCACCUAUUGUUUUCUAAAUUGACUGAAGAACAAUAAGAGCCUUUAGGAAAGAAUGGUUGCCUGAUGGCAAUGUACUAAGGGAGAGACACCCAUGCCUCCUCUCAAUCUAUAACAAUAUAAGAUCUUUUUUUCCACUCUAGGUUUUUAUGGCCAUUAAACAGGCACAGCAUUUUAAUUUACAAAUUUACAUUUUUGUCUAGAUUUUUACUCUAACUUCAUUAGCAAUUAUGGCUUUUCCUAUCCCCAACACCCACUUAUUCCAGAAAAAUAACAUCAGGUAAGUAAAUUAUUACUUUACUAAUCACAUUUUCUUUCUUAAUUAGGAAUCAUCAAAAUGAUGAAAAACCCCAAAGACCACAUCUAGGUGGAAAGUGGUAUCCUGGACAGAGUGAUGGGUAUGUACAAAUAGAUCUACAACCUCAUUAUUCUGAUACUUCCAAAGAUGACAAAAUACACCAUGUUACUCCAACAGAGGCCAAAACAACUCAAGAGCAUGCAACAGCCCUAGUUAAGACUGUGGAGGAAAAUUAA